GACUGUAAUUAAAAUACCUAAAAAUGAACAGUAAUUAGUUACUCUACUUUUUCAGUGGAAAAGUAAUUUAAAUACAGUACACCCAACACUGUGCAUAUCCAACCUGCUACCAUGGAUGUCUUAAAUGCAAAGUCUGUAUCAAGUAAAACAUACGUAUUUCUGGACUUUUUUGCUACUCAUAACCUGAACAUCAUGUUCCUAACUGAGACAUGGCUGCAUGCUCGUGAAGUGACACCUUUGCUGGAACUUUGCCCUCUAGACCCCAGUUUCUUCAGCUUUCCCUAGGUUUUCUGGGAGGGGAGGUGGGGUAGCCUCCAUCAUAAAAGACUGUUUUAAGUGCAAACAAAUACAAAGUCCAGUGGUUGCAUUGUCAGGUUCGAGCAGAUAUUAAGAUCCUGUUGCUCACCUACAAAGCUUGUAGAACUCUAUGUUCCAUCCCCUGCUCUCCGAUCUCAGGAUACUGGCCUUCUAAAAGUUCCUAAAGCCAGAAGAAAAAUUAUUGCGGAGCUCUUUCUUUUCAUGCCCCAUCUUUGUGGAACAACCUCCCUCAAAAUAUCAGGCAAGCUUGCUCUGUGGAGGUUUUCGAAGCUAAAUUAAAGACCGACUUGUUCACCCUAUCCUACGUGUCAUAAUUCUAUGCCUAAAAAUUUGAAUGGUUCUUAUUGCUGUCCCCUUUUGUUUUAUCUAUUUUUGAACUGUAUUGGUUUUUUUUUUUAUCUUUACCUUCAAAUAGCUGUUCAACACUGUGUUUGAAAGGAUUAAUAGAAACUGAUUGAUCAAUAGAUAGAUAGAUAGAUAGAUAGAUAGAUAGAUAGAUAGAUAGAUAGAUAGAUAGAUAGAUAGAUAGAUAGAUAGAGCUCCUCCAUAAAUAAACAGGCAGCUGAAGACAGAGAGUAAUGACAAACAGGUAGAGGAACAUUAAUGGAUGACCAAGCCCCUGGAUGCAAUGUACAGUCGACAGAUAGAGGAAGUGACAUCAAGAAAUCAUAUCACUGGCUAGAAAAACCCGACUUAAAGGACAGAACAAAUGUUCUGAUUGCGGACACGCCCUAAGGACCCUAUCCACAGAGGCAGGAGUCUACCACAGUCGACAGGAUCCGAGUUGCAGACUACAAAAGUACCCGGAGGCUAACUGGAGAGCGUACACUGAGAGACACAACCAAGUGGCUGGGAUAUUGUACAGCAACAUCUGAGCCAAAUAUACUGUAACAGUCCCCAAGACCUGAUGAGAGACACCACCAAAGGUGGUCAAGAACAACAGUGUGUCUGUGUGUGUGUGUGUGUGUGUGUGUGUGUGUGUGUAUGUAUGCAUUGCCACAACAGAAUACAAAUAAAAUGGAUAACUAAUUCUUGGGUCAGUUUCAAAUACAUGUGAAUACAGAAAAUUAAAGUAAACAUUCAUUUAAAAAAUGGUGGAUAUAUCCUCUGUUAAAAUGAAAUAAGCUUUCAAACAAACAAAUUAGUAAAUUUACAAAAUUAACAUAGUCACUCAGCUGUGGUUUGCUUAUACUCCAAGGCAAGAAAAAAAGUGCUGGACAGGGAGUGCAGAACUGUCUCAGUGAAGUGAGCAGUGAGGUUCAUGUGUAUGCAACGUGACCACAAAUCCAAUGUGUGGUGAAUAUGAUACACUUUGCAGCUGUUCAGCUGUCUGUCUGUACUCUGUGUGUAUCGGGGGAAAGGUUUAUGGCCAGGGAGCUGGUACAGAGGAUCUGUUACUUUAAUCAGCUGCUUAAAUCCAACAUUUUCAACUGCUCUGACAGAAAAGAAGAAAAAGAGAAAAAGGAAAAAAUAUAUUUAAAGCUGUAACGACAGAGAAAGUUUCUGAUGAUUUUUCUCUUGCAGAAUAUCCUGAUCAGUUUGUGUUGUGGAUGGCAGCAGAGUCUUGCAGCUCUGCAGUCUUCAGUCAGAGAAUGAGAUUUUGCUGAGUAAAACUUUGGAUCUACUUUUUGAAAAUGGCCUCACAUCGACAGCAAAGAGAGAGCAUGUAUUUGGAUAUAGAUUUUUCUUUACCACAGAGCAGCUCAGAAACUAAAGAGCAGCCAUCUAAACCUCAGGCUGUGCCUGUACCAGAUCUUAUCCAGACUAUGAACAUCUCAUCUAGAUACAAAGUAAUCAUCUCCAACAGUGUUCUGAUCAGUUCAGGACCUCCUGCUGUCUUCCAGCUGAGACCAAAGAAAGAGAAGUUUCGAACUGUGACAAGAAUGACUGUUGGUGAAAAAAAUCCAGACAAGCCAAAUAAAACCAUCUUACUUGUGGGUAAAACAGGAGCAGGAAAAUCUACUCUGGUCAACGUUCUCUUUAACUACAGCAUGGGAGUGAAGUGGGAGGAUGAAGUCUGGUUUCAGAUCGUGGAGGAGGAGAGAAAUGAAAAUCAGACAGAGAGUCAGACACCAGAUGUGAUCGUGUACGAGAUCUUUGGUUUUGAAGAUGAAACUCUGCCCUACUCUCUGACCAUCAUCGAUACUCCUGGAUAUGGAGACACCAGAGGAGCUGAACAUGAUGACAUCAUCAGUCAGCGAUUAUUGGAGUUGUUUGGAUCAGAGGAUGGAGUUCAUGAACUUAAUUCAGUGGGUCUGGUGAUGAAGGCGACAGAUAAUCAACUGAGUGAACAACUAAUGUACACCUUUGAUUCAGUGAUGUCUCUCUUUGAAAAAACACUGGAGAAAAACAUUGUAGCUCUCAUCACACACUCAGAUGGAAAAAGACCUAGAAAUGCUUUUAAAGCUAUUGAAUCUGCAAAAUUUAAAUGUGCCAAAAAUGAGAAGAAUCAGCCUGUUUACUUCUUGUUUAACAACAGUCAGCAUGAAGCCCGAGGAGACGAAGAAGAAGAAGAAUACCUAAAACAUGAUUAUGAAAUCUCAGAGAAAGGAAUGAGAAAGUUCAAAGUGUUCCUGAGAAAAACUACACCUCUAAAGACAACACAUGAAGCGUCAAAGGAAUUUAUCAGACUGACAGCCUGCAUCCAAAACCUGCAAGAAAGAAUCAAAUUCACUGAAGUAAAAGAAAGAGAGAUGAAACAGACUCAAGAAGCGCUGAAGGAACAUGAAGAAGAAAUGAAGAUGAACGAUGAGUUAACUGCAUUUGAUGCUGAGGUUUAUAAACAUAAAGAACUUAUCAGAAAACAGAUGUUUGGUCCUGGUUUUAAAGCAGCUGUCAGUUGUACAGUCUGUCAGGAGAACUGUCACUAUCCUGGAUGUAUUAUGGCUUUAACUCACUGUGAAGUUUUUAUAGAUGGUCGUUGUACUUCGUGUACUGGAAAGUGUCCUGUAACAGAUCAUGUAAAAGAAUUGUGGAGAUAUGUGACCAGGAUAAGAAAAGUUCAGAAAAAAGAAGCAAAAAUGACACAGAGCGAUAAGAAGGAUCAAACAGAAAGUGAGAAAAAGUUGAGUCAUUUGCAAAAUUUUGAAAAUGAAAUGAACAAACUGGCAGCAGAGAAAUCACAGUUCCUGGAUGAGUCCUACCAACAUGUUGUCAGACUGGAGCAGAUCGCUCUGAAAGCUGAUUCAGCGUCCACUAUUGUCCACGUAGACUUCCUGAUUGAGAAGAUGAAGGAGGAAGGAGACACAGAGAAGGUCCAGAAACUGCAGGAGAUGAGAAGCAGAGUGGAUGAAGGAACCAAAGAAGCACUGCUGUACAAGACUAGUGUCAUCUCAUCACAAUAUGAAGACAUCCUCUCAAACAGUUUCCUGAUCCAUUCAGGACCUCCUACUGUCUACCAGCUGAGAACAGAAAAACAGAUGUUUGGAUCUUUGACAAAAAUGACUGUUGGUGAAAAAAAUCAAUAUAAGACAAACAGAACCAUCUUACUUGUGGGUGAAACAGGAGCAGGAAAAUCCACUCUGAUCAACGCUCUGCUCAACUACAGCAUGGGAGUGAAGUGGGAGGAUGAAGUCUGGUUUCAGAUCGUAGAGGAGGAGAAGAGAAGUCAAACAGACAGUCAGACAUUAGAUGUGAUCGUGUACGAGGUCUUUGGUUUUGAAGAUAAAACUCUGCCCUACUCUCUGACCAUCAUCGAUACUCCUGGAUUUGGAGACACCAGUGGUACUGAACAUGAUGACAUUAUCAGUCAGAGAUUGUUUGAUUUGUUUCGAUCAGAGGAUGGAGUUCAUGAACUUAAUUCAGUGGGUCUGGUGAUGAAGGCGACAGAUAAUAGACUCAGUGAUCGACUUAGGUACAUCUUCAGUUCGAUGAUGUCUCUGUUUGGAAAAAACCUGGAGAAAAACAUUGUAGCUCUCUUCACACACUCAAAUGGACGAACACCUGAAAAUGCUCUUCAGACUCUCAAAGUGGCAAACAUUAAAUGUUCCAGAAAUGAGAAAAAUGAGCCUGUUUACUUCCUGUUUGAUAACUGCCAGGAUAAACAGCGAACGGAGGAAAUUAAGGCUUUGAAACAUUCAUGGAAAGUUACACAGAAAGAAAUGGGUCAUUUGGCUGACUUUUUAGGAAAACCAAGUCCUCAGAAACUGAUGAGAACAGUUGAAGUUCUGAACGAACGCAUCAGGCUAAACGCCUGCAUCCAGAACCUGCACGAGAGAAUUGAAUUUAUUGAAGAAAGAAAGAAUGAAAUCAAGCAAACUCAAGAUGCUCUAAAGGAACAUGAAGAGGACAUGAAGAAGAAUGAGAAGUUUAGUGUAGAACUUACUGAGGUCUACAAAGUUAAAGAACGAAUCAAGAGGCACUUUUUGUUGGGUGGUUAUGUAGGAGCUGUCUGCUGUCAAGUCUGUGAGGAGACCUGUCACUAUCCUGGAUGCACAAUUGCUUGGAGACCUGAAUACUGUGAGGUCAUGAAAGGAGGCCGCUGUACGUCAUGUACCAAAGGGUGUCCUGCAUCAGAUCAUGUAAAAGAAAAGUGGAGAUAUGUGACCAAAACAAGGAUAGUUGAGAGGACCAAAGAAGACAUGAAAGAAAAGUAUGAAAAGUAUAAAACAGAAAGUAAGAAUACAUUGAGCCUUUUGGAAAAUCUUGAAAAUGAAAUGAAAAAACUGACAGCAGAGAAGUCACAGUUCCUGGAUGAGUCCUACCAACAUCUUGAAAAGCUGGACCAGAUUGCUCUGAAUGUUUUUUCUCUGUCCACUGUUGUCCACUUGGACUUUCUGAUUGGGAAGAUGAAGGAGGAAGGAGACACAGAGAAGGUCCAGAAACUGGAGGGGAUGAGAAGCAGAGUGGAUGAAGGAACCAGAGCAGCUCUGAGAUACAAGUUUGUUCAAAUACCAUCAGCUAUGAAAUAAGCUGGAUAUGGUAUCAUCAGGGUUGUAGGGGGGACUGGAGCCAGCUACCACAGGGUAAGCGGUGGGGUACACCCUGGACAGGUCACUAGCCUGUUUUAGGCCUACAACAGAGAGACAGACAAUCAUUCACACCUAUGGGCAAACUGGAAUUGCCAUUUAACCUUACCCCACUAACUGCAUAUAUUUGGGCUGUGGGAAGAAGCCAGAGUACUCGGAGAGAACCCAAGCAGGCACAGGGAGAAUAUGCAAACCUGAACCCACCACCUUCUUAUGCAGAAUUUAUAGUCCCACAAAUGUAAAUCUGUGUACUCUUUUCAGUUAGACAGAAAGUGCAAAGGGGUUUUCACCCACUCCAGACGUGCUCCCUUGCAGUCCUUAAAGAUCCUGACUGCACGUUGCUGGACGCACAUGGCAUAUGCGACUGCCAAAUGUGAAUUGGUUGACAAAUGGGCUGGAACAGACAGGCGAGUGAUAGCACUGGGAACAGGAGAACUGCAAAAAAAGUUCAAAGAUCAAAAAAUAAAGCAGUGAUUUCAGUGUCACUUUAAUUGUUUUUUGACACCAGAGUUUCAUUUCAGCUCUUUUUGUGUUAGAACUUUGCUCUCAACAACAUGAGCAAGAAUAGCCCACAGACUAGCUGUAACAUGUACUUUGUACAAACAGAGCUGACUGCAGCCAGACUUGCAGGAAUUGGAAUGGAGUGGACAGUGAACGAGCUCUCUCUGCUUGACCACAAAACCAGAUUUACUGUCAAGUAACAGUGCUAAUCACCAUGCUGCCUGCACUGUUUUUAAAUGCUCGAAACUGCAUAAAAAGUCUGUAAGUCUAUGUAACUUUUUCAGUGUGUACUAUGCAUUAGAUGGAGGAGAUGUACAGAGAUAUCCACAGACAGGAAUGAUUUCCUGUGUUAUUUAGAAGUGCAUUAUGGGUAAUCUCUAGGACACUGUUCAUGUCUUAUUUUUUUGUAUUUUUGUUGUUUGACUGGUUAAUACUAUAGUGAUAAUAUAGGAAAGUUCAAUGAUGUUGGUAAAUUGUAGUUUGUAUUCAUAGAAUAAAUUAUUUUAAUUUUUUUUUCAAAAUAUUUUAACUCUUAGAUUUACUCGAAACACAUAAAAACGACAAAUGAUCAUACAAACUAUAUCUUUACACAAAUAUGCCACUUGUAUAAUUUAUUAUUACUGGAAAACAAUCCCAGGCAAAAAGUCAUGGACUCAUUACACUUCAAUGGUGUGCUUUCAGCUUGUUCUUGUAGUUCUCUUCAGUCAUACUGGUGCAACAGCUUAAGCCUGCAAACACUCUUUUUUAAACUAAAAACUGUUUUGCAUAUUUCUAUUUUGCAUAUAGUUAUUUUCUAAAUUCUAAUGUUAUGUUAACUCCACAGUGAGCUAACAUGCAAGGUACAGCUGGGUCUGAGCUGCCUGCUGUGCUUUAAAUGCAGUGAGGUCGCCCCCUGCUGUUAAUGAUCGGUACAACAGUGUGUGAGAACAGCUCCCUCCCUCCCUGAUAUCACAAACUAAACACAAAGUCACUCUGUGUUCUCCACAAAUACAUGUGUUUCUGUCACGUUGUUCUAAUGUUGUCAGUGUGAGCUUUAUUCUGCUGCUCCUCUCAUGGUGACUCAGUGUCAGUAAAGUGGUUGUGGGACAGUAACAUGUCACUGACAUGAUCCAGAAACAGUCCAACAUGUUGUUGUCUUUCUAAUCAGUGAGUACAGAGGAUGUUAGAGACACUGAACUCAGACACAGUGUAGAAAUAUUCAAUCCAACUUUGACUCUUCAGUGUUUGUGAAGAGUCCAGUCCUGAAAUCUGAUCUUCUUUCAUCUGACUGAUACCUUGGAUUCUUCAUGUGUGUUCAUGCUCUGAAUGACUGCUUGAAUUAUUUCUGAUGACUCAGGCUAAGUGGAAACAUUUGGAUCCUUUCAUGUUGGACUUGAUUUGUUCAAAUUCUCUAUAUUCUGUUCUUCCACAUGAAAUC